AUGGCGGCGCGCUCGCCUCCCUCCCCGCUCCCUCCGCCCCCAGCGCGACAGUUGGGUCCCUGGUCCCCACGUGUUGGGCGGGGAGCUGUGGUACACGCAGUGCGCAGCGAGGCCUCGGGUCUUGCGAAUGCAGUGCGGGAGGGCGUCGUGGACAAAAACGAUAUAUGCUGGCGGGGGCCAGGGGGGGCAGCUCCGGCUCAGGCUCCCCUCCUCAGCUCGCCCAUGGGGUCCAAGCGACUAGAGGGCAUCUCGGUAGAGGAGGCGAUGGUGACCCGGACGCAGCUGCUGGAGGAAGAGCUGAGCAGCCUAAAGGAGGAGCUGGCCCUGUGUCAGGCUGAUAAAGAAUUUGUAUGGUCUCUGUGGAAACGUCUCCAGGUGACAAACCCAGAUCUCACACAAGCAGUCAGUUUGGUUGUAGAACGAGAAAAACAGAAAUCUGAAGCUAAAGACAGAAAAGUUUUAGAAAUUCUGCAAGUGAAGGAUGCUAAAAUACAAGAAUUGGAACAGAGAGAAACAGGACUAAAAAAGGAAAUAAAUGACCUUGUAAAACGGAAGAUUGCAGUUGAUGAAGAAAACAUUUUCUUAAGGAAAGAAUUCAGUGACUUGCAGAAGAAAUUUAAAGAUAAAAGUCAGGAAGCUAAGGACACUAAGGAGUGUGUACAGAAUAAGGAAGAGCAAAACAGACUGGUUAUAAAAACUCUGGAGGAGGAAAAUGAGAAAUUAAGUACCCGCUGCGCUGACCUGCUAAAUGACCUGGAGAAACUGAGGAAGCAAGAAGCACAUUGGAGAAAAGAAAAAUAUAGCAUUGAUGCAAAAAUAAAGGCCUUUGAAGAUGAUUUAAUUGAAGCAAGAAAAGAAAUUGAGGUAUCACAGAGUAAAUAUAAUGCUGUGUCAUUACAGUUGAAUAAUAAACAGACUGAACUUAUCCAGAAGGAUAUGGAUAUUACCCUUGUCAGGCAAGAGUUGCAGGAGCUGCAGAACCUAUACAAACAGAACAGUGCACACACAGCACAGCAAGCGGAGCUGAUCCAGCAGCUCCAGGUUCUGAACAUGGACACACAGAAAGUACUGAGGAAUCAGGAAGACGUCCACACAGCCGAAAGCAUAUCAUAUCAAAAACUUUACAAUGAGUUACAUAUUUGCUUUGAAACCACAAAAUCAAGUGAAGCUAUGCUCCGGCAAAGUGUUGUUAGUCUUCAAGAUCAGCUAUUUCAAAAAGAGCAAGAAAAUGCUAAAUUAAAAGAAAGGCUUCAGGAAUCACAAGGAGCACCCUAUCCUUUACCUCAAGAAAGUGAUUCAGAGCACUCAGAACAGGUAUCUCAACGGCCAUCUUUAUCGAGCUUAGAAACUUUAAUGGUCUCACAGAAGUCUGAAAUCGAGUAUUUACAGGAAAAACUAAAAAUAGCAAAUGAAAAACUCUCAGAGAACAAAUCUACCAACAAGGAUUCCUCAGAGAAGGGCAUCUGGACAAGUACUGAAGGAAAACAUAAGGAACCACCUGUGAAACGUUCAAGGUCUUUGUCCCCAAAGAGUUCUUUCACAGACUCAGAGGAGCUGAGGAAGCUGAGGAAAGCUGAAAGAAAGAUUGAAAACUUAGAGAAGGCGCUACAACUAAAGAGCCAAGAAAAUGAUGAGCUAAGAGAUGCCCAUGAAAAACGCAAGGAAAGGCUACAGAUGUUACAGACCAACUACAGAGCAGUAAAAGAGCAAUUAAAACAGUGGGAAGAAGGCAGUGGCAUGACUCCUAUCAGAAAAAUAAAGAGAGCAGAUCCGCAACAACUUCGCCAAGAAGAUUCUGAUGCUGUGUGGAAUGAACUGGCCUAUUUCAAAAGGGAAAACCAGGAGCUAAUGAUUCAAAAGAUGAAUCUUCAAGAAGAAUUGGAUAAACUUAAAGUACGUAUAUCUAUUGAUAAGGCAACAAUACGAGAAUUGAACACAUGUAUGGCAGAGAAAAGAGAAGAACAACUCUGUGGAUAUGGUGAAGAUGAUGGGGUCAAGAAGAGUACUCCAGAGAAGAAUGGGAAAGAAAUGUCAGAGCAGACAUGGCAGAAGGUCAUUGAAUUGGAAAGUCGGCUAAAAUCUUUUGAGAAAAGGUCAAGAAAAUUAAAAGAAGGGAAUAAAAAAUUAAUGAAAGAAAAUGACUCCCUGCAAUCACUCUUAAAGCAGCAACAGGAAGAUGCAGAGGACAGGGAAAAAGAGCUAGAACAGCUACAAAGGGGGAGUAAAGAAGUAGAAAAAGAUAAAGCUGGACUUCAAGUAAAAAUCAGUGAGCUGGAGAGAGAAGUCACUUCCCUAAGGAGACAAGUGGCAGAAGCUAAUGGUUUGAGAAAUGAAAAUGAAGAGCUGAAGAAUUCAAUGGAGAAACUGCAGCAAUUAGCAGACAAAGCUAAAUCUGAGAUGGCCACCACGGAAGUGAGGUCUGGACAAUAUGAUUGUAAGACAACCACUACCAAGGUUAAAUUUAAAGCCGCCAAGAAAAAGUGCCCUGUGGGCCGUUACCACACUGUUCUCAAUCACUCCAUCAAGGUUAUGAGCAAUGUGUUUGAGAACCUCAGCAAGGACGGCUGGGAGGAUGUGAGUGAAAGCAGCAGUGAUCCCGAAGCACAGACCUCUCAAAAUUUAGGAACAAUUAUUGUAGAAACAUCCCAGAAAAUAAGUGCUAUAGAAGAUGGAAGAGACCAGAAACAAAGUGACCAAACAGAAGGGAGCCAAACGCAAGGAAAAGAAAUGGUACGAAUAUAUUCAAACACAGAUGGCAAGACCCCAAAGGAUUAUUUUCAUUGCAAGAAUGCCAGAAAGCAAACUUUUCAAAAGAAGAAUGGUAAUGUACAAAAGAGUUCUCAUACAACAGUUCCUACCAGAGUUAACAGAGAAAAGUGGAAAAAUAUAACUUCCCAGAAGUCAAAUAGCAAUAUUAUUUUAUUACGAGAACGUAUUGUAUCUUUACAACAACAAAACAGCAUACUUCAUAAUGCCAAAAAAACAGCGGAAUUGUCUGUAAAAGAAUAUAAAGAAAUAAAUGAAAAACUCCUUCAGCAGCAACAAGUAUCUGAUCAACGAUAUCAGACAAGCAGACAGACAAUAAAGAAGCUAAAUUUGGAUUUGGCUGACCUUCGGAAGGAAAAAGAAGACUUACUGAAGAAAUUGGAGUCCUCAUCUGAAAUCACAAGUUUGGCAGAAGAAGUUUCCCGAGUAAUAGUUCCACGGAUACAGGUUACAUCACUUGGUCCUUCAAGGAGCAUGGAUUUGGAGAUGAAGCAAUUGCAGUGUAAACUAAAGAAUGCAACUAAUGAGCUCACUAAACAGUCCUCAAAUGUGAAGUCUCUGAAAUUUGAACUCCUAGCAAAAGAAGAACAUAUAAAGGAAAUGCAUGAAAAGAUAUCUCGAAUGGAGAGGGAUAUAACCAUGAAAAGACAUUUGAUAGAGGACUUGAAAUUUCGACAGAAAGUAAAUUUGGAAAGUAAUGAGAGUAUUAAUGAAAUGUUAGAAAAUCUUGAAAAAAAGGUGAAGACACUAACUGAAGAGUGUUCCAACAGGAAGGUGUCAAUUGAUUCACUAAAACAGAGACUCAGUGUUGCUGUAAAGGAGAAGUCACAGUUUGAACAGAUGUAUCAAAAAACUAAAGAGGAAUUAGAAAAAAAGGAUGUCAAGCUUGGUCUCCUAGUAUCAAAAAUAAGUGAGACCGAAUCUGCAAUGGCAGAAAUUGAAACAGCAGCAUCCAAGCAUCUUCAAGGAUUAGCACUGAAAAGUGAGCAGGCCCUAGAAGGUGCACAAAAGAAGUUGCUCUUAGCCAAUGAGAAAGUGGAGGAGUUCACCAUCUUUGUGAAGGCUUUGGUCAAGGAAUUACAAAAUGAUGUCUAUGAAAUAAGGCAACAAAUCAGAGAGCGUAAAAAAAUGCAGAAAAACAGGGACGCUUGCAGAACUUCAACCCAUAAAGCCCAGACGUUGGCAGCUUCUAUUCUCAACAUUUCACGGUCAGAUCUAGAGGAAAUAUUAGACACAGAAGAUGAAAUGGAAAUAGAAAGGACGAAGAUAGAUGCUGAAAAUGAUCGGGAAUGGCUGUUGUACAUUCAGAAACUUCUUGAAGGACAGCUUCCUUUUGCCUCAUAUUUGCUAGAAGCAGUACUGGAGAAAAUAAAUGAAAGAAAGAAACUAGUUGAAGGAUAUUUCACAAUUAUGAAAGAUAUUAGAUGA